CAGUGACAUUAACAAAGCCAUACAGGGUGAGAAGUAAACAAAUUCGUCGAACGCAAAACAUUAGUUUUGCAGCUAAAAACGUACAAAUAGACACACAAACUGUGAACUAUUAAUGAGUUUUACGUUCUUAGGUGAAUCUAUUAUUCUAGCUACAAGUCACGGUUUACUAAAAAUUCCCAGCUUAGUUUAAAAAGAAGCUGGAAUCAGCUUCAGAAUGUUGCGCUAAACUCGAUCGGACAAGAAAGGUUUAAAUAGCAGUAGCCGCCCAACCAAGACAACAAAUCGUUCCGUGCGAUCGACCGCGAGAGGAUCGGCCCGUAAUAGAGUGUGCAGUGCGUGAAAGUGCGUGAAGAUAGUGAUUGAAUUUCAGCCCCGGACAAGAAAAGUUCUUCAACAAUGGCCGUGUUUAUGCCUAAAUAUCGAUUGUUCUCCAAGGCGGUCAACCUGAAGCCGAACCCCAGACAGUGGUCUGCGAGAUGGACUAUUGUGCAGCGGUCAAUAUAUGGUAGCAGACAGCUUCAGCAGCAGCCGAAUACAUCCGCGACAAAUCACCACAAUCAUCACAACCACCAUCACCAACAUCAGCAGCAGUUCCACCAUCAGUCGACGACAGGUAAAUCCCGUAGCAAAGUUUACAGAAAGUGGAGUUGGAAGGCCGGUGCAGGUUGGACUAUAUUAUCGGUUUUGGAUUGGUGGUUACUAGCGGCCGGCGGUUGGUUGACUUGGCGCGGUGUAUUUCUUCGUUGGACACCCAUCGGUAUCUGUAUGGUGGUGGCAGCAAAGUGGCACCUUCACAAUCGUGAACUCGAUAAGAAGGGCCUACCGCGAACCGCCGCAAAAUGGCAGGCGAAAAUGUACUGUUCGCUGCCACUGCGGGUCAUGAGCCGGUGCUGGGGAUGGAUGGCCGAUCGAAAGGUUCCAAAACCCGUACGUCCCAUGAUCUAUGGUCUCUACUCGACAACGUUCGGUGUAAAGAUGGAGGAAGCCGCAGCAGAUAACUUCAAAGAGUAUCGUAGCUUAGGAGAAUUUUUCACCCGCCCGCUCAAGGAAGACGCUCGUCCCUUGGAUCCUAAAACCAGCUUUGUGUCACCAUGUGAUGGUAGAAUUCUCCACUUCGGUACUGCCAGUACUAGUCAAAUCGAGCAGGUAAAAGGAGUGUCAUACAGCUUAGAGGCGUUCCUAGGACCUCCGACGUGGACCAAAAAGGAUGCCCCGGAGAUGGUGGAAAAGGUGAAGAAAAAAUCUUCACCCGACAGUGUACUGUAUCAGUGCGUCAUCUACCUAGCACCGGGAGAUUACCAUCGAUUCCACUCGCCCACGUUAUGGAAACCGGAACUGCGAAGACACUUUUCCGGUGAACUGUUGUCCGUGAGUCCGAAAAUUGCGGGCUGGAUUCCGGGAUUGUUUUGUCUCAACGAAAGGGCGGUCUACAUUGGUAAAUGGAAACAUGGGUUCUUCAGUUACACCGCUGUCGGAGCUACCAAUGUUGGCUCGGUGGAGAUUUUUAUGGACGAAAAGCUGAAAACGAACAAAUGGGUCGGAUUAGCCUGCGGUAGUCACAAGAAGAAGGAGUACGACGAGCUGGAAAUGCCUAAUGAUAAGUACCUGGACAAGGGCGAACUGGUGGGUCAGUUCCGGAUGGGAAGCACCAUUGUGUUAAUCUUCGAAGCGCCUAAAGAAUUUAAAUUCAAUCUGUUUCCUGGUCAACGUGUGAAAGUCGGAGAGCGGUUAGGGACGUUCGAAGGUACAGAAGAAACGACGGAAGAUCCAGCAGAAGUGAAACGCGCGAUCGAAUCUUUGGACGAUACGGAACCGACAAGUUUGUAAAAAGUAUUCACCGAUCGCUUCCAGAUGCUUGUUACAGCCGGCGCGUCUCAGUGUAGUGUCUCAGGAUAGAAAUAGUUUAAGUUAAUAAUACCUAUUCCUUUACCGUUUAUCUAAUAACCAUACCUAAGCAAGCCUAAGUACAACAGCGCGUCGACGUGAACGUUGUUUGCGGUUGUUAAUUGUAGUGGUGUGCUAAGUUAACGUGCAGAUUCGUAUCAGUCUAUCGGUAAAACAUUUGUUCAAAUAGUUGCCGUCACAAGAGUACAAGCGGCGACCCAUGCACGACGCAUACAUUUUUCCAUCACUAGGAACAGGUGCGUAGCGAUUGUGGCAAAUACCGUAAGAGUAGUGCAUAUUGUACACGAUUGGAUUGUUUCAUGCGAUUUCAUGCACGACUUCCGUCAUGAAGAUUGAACUACUGCAUAGAUGGAUUGCAAAAACCCGUGGUAUAACACCGGUGUAAAGACUUGUAGAUUUAACGAACUGCUGCAACAAGGAGUGUUAGGGUAUGGUGAUUUUGCACGAUCGUGAUUUUAAUGUGAUCCCAAUACCGUUAACAAUCGCGCGCAUGAUUGUUACACGAGCUAUUACUGUCACACGCGUUUUACAUGACACCUAACCAGUUGUAUAAAGGAAACCCCCCACUGUUGACCUCAAUUACCAAACGGGUUCGGAGUCGAACUUUAUGUAUAGGUGAUUUUUAAUUACUAGCAAUAUACAACCGUCAAACAAACCCUUGUUAGCUAAACGAAUUGUUCCUGCCGAAGUGUUUCAUUUGAAGAAUAUAUUUUUAUGUUAAUAUUACCA